UCCAAGAGGGCAACAGCUCAUGCCGCAGAGACCACUUCGAGCGGGGCGUUCUGUGUUACGCAGAGGAGUGUGACAGUGCCUCUGCUUUCCGUCAAGUCAAACAGUCGUGCCUGCUGAUGGACUCUGGAAACUAGGAGGGGAAGCUCAGCUUUUGCGUUAAUACGGUGUCCCAUGAACACAGAUGCUCGCUGUUUAAAUCUGACUUUAGACUUUGUUAAUUUACUUUAGUUUUACAUAAAAUGCUGAAGCCUAGUUAAUAAUCGGAACACGAUGUGGUUACAACAGACACAAUAACAUUGUUAGUAUUUCCCCACAAUAUAGUUAGGCAGCCUAUAUAUCGACUUCCAUUUCGCAGAAUUUCAUCUUUUCUCUCAGCUCGCGCAGGAGUACAGUCGUUUUAACAUCGCCUUGGCAACCGGGGAGCGCUGAGAUAUUUAUCGUCGCUCAACAAUAUCUUAAAGCAGUAUACGAUACUGUAUUCCUCAGAACACUGGUUUCAUAGUUAUCUGAAACAAGCGGAAUUAUUAAUGCGUGGAAGAAGACAGUUCGUUUUCCCUCGUCAAAAUGCCAGUGAGAAGGGGUCAUGUAGCGCCCCAGAACACUUACCUGGAUACAAUUAUCAGAAAAUUCGACGGCCAAAACCGCAAGUUCCUGAUCGCGAACGCGCAGAUGAAGAACUGUGGCAUCAUUUACUGCAAUGAGGGCUUCUGCCAAAUGUUUGGCUUCUCGCGGGCUGAGAUCAUGCAGCAGCCCUGCACCUGCCAGUUCCUGGUGGGACCGGGCACCAUGAAGGGGGCCCUGGCACAGGUGGCCCAGGCCCUGCUGGGCUCUGAGGAAAGUAAAGUGGAGAUCCUCUACUACGCUAAGGAAGGGACCUGCCUGCCCUGCCGCGUACAUGUGGUUCCAGUGAAGAACGAGGACGGCGCCGUCAUCAUGUUCAUCCUCAACUUUGAGGAGCUACUGGAAACCUCACACAAGAAGGGCGGACUCAGACAAAGGCUAGCCCAGGGCUGGAUCAGGGCAGGUCAGAGCCGAGGGGCGAGGCUGAAGCUGCCCUCCCUGCACACCAUCGCCCUCCAGCGCCAGCCCUCCAUAUCCAAGGACCAGUUCGAGGGUGUGGUGGUAGAGCACUUGCAGCCCAGCAAUGACCAGGUGCCCUUGAAGGAUUUCCACAUCCCGUCCAAGGAGAGCUGCAUGCAGUCUGAGACGGAGGCCCUGAUCGAGCAGGGCCGAUCCUCGCGUCCCAUUGGGCACUCUUCUCCAAAAUGGCACCCCGAGCGCCUGGACCCAGACAGACCCUUCCACGGGGACGGCCUGCCCUGGAGCCGGUCCCGGGACAGCCUGCGGACCCUUCGCCGCGCCUCCUCGCUCGAUGACAUCGACAGCAUGAGGACGGACUGGUGCGGCCGGGGUGGGGACCCGCGCCUGAACAGCAACCUAAAGCACAACUUGCUGAACUCCACCUCCGACUCGGACCUGAUGAAGUACCGCACCAUCAGUCGGAUCCCGCAGAUCACGCUCACGUUCGGGUCUGACCGCCUCCGCCCGCCCUCGCCCACCGAGAUCGAGAUCAUCGCGCCCAGCAAGGUGAAGGACCGCACACAGAACGUUACGGAAAAGGUGACUCAGGUGCUGUCCCUGGGAGCGGACGUGCUGCCAGAGUACAAGCUGCAGGCGCCGCGGAUUCACAAGUGGACCAUCCUGCACUACAGCCCGUUCAAAGCCGUGUGGGACUGGAUCAUCCUGCUGCUGGUUCUGUACACCGCCGUCUUCACGCCCUACUCGGCCGCCUUCCUCCUCAACGAGCAGGAGGACGAGCGGCGCCGCACCUGCGGCUACACCUGCAACCCGCUCAACGUGGUGGACCUCAUCGUCGACAUCAUGUUCAUCGUCGACAUCCUCAUCAACUUCCGCACCACCUACGUCAACCACAACGACGAGGUGGUCAGCCACCCGGGACGCAUCGCCGUGCACUACUUCAAGGGCUGGUUCCUCAUCGACAUCGUCGCCGCCAUCCCCUUUGACCUGCUUAUCUUCCGCUCAGGCUCGGAUGAGCCUCAGACGACCACACUGAUUGGCCUGCUGAAAACGGCCCGGCUGCUGCGAUUGGUGCGCGUGGCGCGGAAGCUUGACCGGUACUCAGAAUAUGGGGCGGCGGUGCUCUUCCUGCUCAUGUGCACCUUCGCCCUGAUCGCUCACUGGCUGGCCUGCAUCUGGUACGCCAUCGGCAAUGUGGAGAGGCCUUACAUGAAGAUCGGCUGGCUGGACAACCUGGCCGACCAGAUCGGCAAGCGCUACAACGACAGCGACUCCAGCUCCGGCCCCUCCAUCAAGGACAAGUACGUGACGGCGCUCUACUUCACCUUCAGCAGCCUGACCAGCGUGGGCUUCGGCAACGUCUCGCCCAACACCAACUCCGAGAAGAUCUUCUCCAUCUGCGUCAUGCUCAUUGGCUCGCUGAUGUACGCCAGCAUCUUCGGGAACGUGUCGGCCAUCAUCCAGCGGCUGUACUCGGGCACGGCGCGCUACCACACCCAGAUGCUGCGGGUCAAAGAGUUCAUCCGCUUCCACCAGAUCCCCGGGGGCCUGCGCCAGCGCCUGGAGGAGUACUUCCAGCACGCCUGGUCCUACACCAACGGCAUCGACAUGAACGCUGUGUUGAAGGGAUUCCCAGAGUGCUUGCAAGCAGACAUCUGCCUGCACCUGAACCGCAGCCUGCUGCAGAACUGCAAGGCGUUCCACGGGGCCAGCAAGGGCUGCCUGCGCGCCCUGGCCAUGCGCUUCAAGACCACCCACGCCCCGCCCGGCGACACCCUGGUGCACUACGGCGACGUGCUCACCGCGCUCUACUUCAUCUCGCGUGGCUCCAUCGAGAUCCUGCGCGAGGAUGUGGUGGUGGCCAUAUUGGGUAAGAAUGAUAUCUUCGGGGAGCCCCUCAGUCUGUACGCGCGACCCGGCAAGUCCAAUGCAGACGUGCGGGCGCUGACCUACUGUGAUCUCCACAAGAUCCACAGGGAUGACCUGCUGGAGGUGCUGGAUAUGUACCCAGACUUCUCUGAUAACUUCUGGAUCAACCUGGAGAUCACUUUCAACCUGCGAGAUGUAGAUGGAAUCUUCCAGUCGGUGCCCAGUGAAGACUCUGAAUGUGGUUACCGGCGGCCAAGGAGAAAGAGAAACUCCCUGCACCGCCGCAACCGGCCCGAUGGGAUGGAUCGGGAAGAACCCUACUCCAACCAGCCUUGCCCUACCAUGGCAAACCACCAGGGGGCAUCACUUGGUCCACAGUGGGAUGAGCUCUGCAGCACUGGCAGUUCCUGCUCUCAGUCCAGCCAGGAAGAAAUGAAGCCCCUGGCCCACAGCCCCGCUGAGCUGUACCCGCCUGGAGGUGACAGCUGUGACUACCCCCCCACUGUGGUCAGCCUGCUGCCCCCUAGCAGUGCCACAGCAGGCACGGGGGGCCCCAUGGAACGAAAUGGCACCUAUACAGGUACUGGUGAGAGAGUGGCCGCUCUGAACAUGCCGAGUCUGUACAGGUUCUGUCCCGACCGCCGGUCCAGUCAGUUCUCAGAGAGCACGCGCCGCUCCUCCUCCGUCAGGGCCACCUAUCACCCGCCCCCCUGCGCAGAGGACCGGCCCAGCGAGCUGGAGUCCCGCCUCGAGCUGCUCCAGUCCCAGCUCAACAGGCUGGAGACCAGGAUGACGGCCGACAUCAACAUGAUCCUGCAGCUGCUGCAGAGGCAGGCGGCCCCGGUGCCCCCCGCGUACUGCGCCGUGUCGCCCGGCUCCCGCCGCCCGCGCCCCACGCACCCGCCCCGCCCGCGCAGCCCCGGCACACAGGCCCCCGUCACGCCGGCGCGGACGCACAGCCGGCCCUCGCCCCCGCAGAGCGUGGAAGCUCCCGAUCCCGACAGGCUCAACACGGACUCCAGGCGCUCCGUGUUCAGCGGCGUCCGCCUGGCCAUGCCCCCUGACCAGGUCACGCCCCUUUCGCCUGAGACGCGCGCGGCCACGCCCUGCCUGAGGCCGUCCCCGGUCCUCGUCUCCGCGGGCGCGGGCGGACUGAGCGGCGGCCUGCGCUCCCCCUCGCUCCCCGAGAACCUGGAGACCCCCGCGGGGCCUGCUGACAUACAGAGACACAUCUCAGACCCAGUUCUGCCUGGCAGCUAGAGCCCCCCACCUCACUCAGCUCUGUCCAGUGGCACUAAGCCACGCACACAUAUUAGGACAGGAGCACGGCCACGCAGCUGGCCACCGGGUACCCAUCGACCACCUCUGCGUCUCGGCCGCCCUCCUCUCUCUCCUUUCCAGCACGCACCCCAUGGCCUGUGGGAGAACAGCGGCUUAUCUACCUGGAGAACACAAGAGCACCUCCAGCUUCUCCUGAAGCCAGUGCAGAACGACGUAUGGAAGUAUUAGGAACUUUCUCUUAGCCGUACACAAGCCAUGCCCUGUCUCUGUUGCCUACUGGACAGGAAAAUAUAAGCACAACCAAACUCCCAUCGCCCCCGUGGCUUUGAAACAUAGCUGGCUCUGUACACCUUUGCAUAUGUUGUGUUUUUGUGACUACGCACCUUCUCUGAGGAGAUUUGAAUCGUGUCUGAAAAGUAACGACACACAUUUGCCAGGGCACACAGAUUUUAAUGAUACCGUCAGUGGACUGUUAGUCUGUGGCCAUACACCGUACAGUCUCAGCUGUGAUGGGGCAUAGAUCAGGUCUGAAUAUGUGGGUGGACAGUGCACAGUUUAAGGGGGCUGUGAGGAGACAUAUAUAGGCGCAACAUGUGAAAAGGGUCACACAACUCCCCCCCCGCCCCCCCCCCCCCCCCCCGCCCCAAGCACCAAUAAUGGAUGUGAGCUUGUCAGAGGACAGGAUGAGUCUACGCACAAGCAGUAACUAACAGAUGCCCCCAGAUGCUCAGCUGUAGACAUUUUCCAGUUAGGUACCAUAUCUAUGUUUUUUUAAAAACUCUAUUAUGAUCAUUUUAAAGUAGAUGCCUAAAUCUGCACUUUUCAUGCAUUUUAUGUCCACCAACAAGACAAUGAAAGCUUGGGACUGGUUGCAUGAGCAUACCAUAAGAGUUUAAUUUGCACCCGGGUACAGGCAUACCCACAGGUACAGAUUCAGUUAGACUACAACCCUACCGGUACUCUAUAAUCAAGCAGCGAUUUUCGUCAGAUUUCAAAGAACAGUUGUCUAACCUCUGCCAAAUGAAAUUGUUGGCGCAAUUUUGUAUUGUAAUUUAUUUUGUCUUUCUGCAACCUUAACGUAAUGAGGGGUGACGGGUGUGGUCUGGACACACAAGCACAUGUAGCAUACUUGAGCGUCUGGCGUUUCCACUGCUGUAAAUCUUAGAGAAGCAACGUGGUGUUUUUAGGACAUUUAGGACUGCUUGUUUCCAACGCGACUCCUUUAUUGAUGUGUUUGCAUAGGCAGGUGAAUGUAACAAGACAUGAACCCUUCAUUGUUUUGAAAUUUUAAAAGGUUUCGUAAAGCAUGAAGAAUUAUUUUUUUAGAUUGAAGUGACCGAUAAGCAUUUCAAUUAAAGUGUUUCAAUUCUGU